CACCGGCCGACCAUUUCACUUCCAGUCAGCUUGCAGUCAGCCACUCCCACCAUCGUCUUCUUCUCCUCCCCUCACGAUCAUCGCAGCGUAGACUUCUUCACGAUGUCCCCCGCCACAGCAGCUCCGUCUAAGCAUGCUAUCCUGUCCCUAUACCACUCCACCCUGCGCGUCUCCAAUUCCUUCAGCUCGUACAACUUCCGCAAUUACUUCCUGAAGAGGGCACGCGAGAAUUUCCGCGCGAUGCAGGAGGCGGAUGACACCAGUGCGCUGUCGAAGCAGUACUCCGAGGCCGUAAAGGAGCUUGCUGUCUUAAGACGAAGCGCGAUCGUGAACCAGCUCUACGGCGGCUGGCGGCUAGCCGUCGAGGAUGAGAACGCGAAGAAGGGAAUGAAGAGCGCGGAGGAGGAGACGCAGGGCGAGGAGACUAUUCGGGAGCGCGGCGUUAACUGAUAGGGAGGAGCGCAGUGCUUGCUUAGACGGUGAAUGUCUGUACCGACCUGUGUAUGUUUUGGCUCCAUGGAUCCUUUAGCUCACGCGAUGCGGCCUUCGCGUCUCUGCCCGUACCAAAUGAAGCAUGCUAUCUGGCCUGUCCUUCCUGGCCCUUUCCCGUCAUGAAGCUCGGCACUGCAUCCCAAGACCUUCUCACCUUAUGGUCUUGAAUCAGUCGACAAGCAUUCCCCAUGCACCCUCGAUCGUCCUUGCUUGGAUCACUCUCUUCUGCCGCUGAAGCUUGCAAUGGCCUAUGUUAAUUCUUCCUCGAUAGAUUGGGAAGACACGCCGAUCUGAUUUCAU